UAUGGGUGUGUGUUGUAGCAGUAAGAAUUUAAAGAAUCGUCAAAAUGAUUAUGGUGUCUUAUCACCUACAAAUAGAUAACUUGAAUAAGAAGAAUAUUAAGAAUUAAGUGGAGAAAUUAAAGAGAUAUUAGAAUUGUAUUUGAAUUAUGAAAAGAAUUCUCCAUAAAAUAAAAAUUUGGCUGAAUCAAAUCAAUUGAAACAUAGUUUAGAAUAGCCCAAUACUCCAUAUUUUAAGAAUUCUCAUGACACUGAUGAUAAAUUUUUGUAAUUGAAAUAAGCAAAACAAGUUGAAGAAUUAGUAAAUGAAAUUAAGAUUUAGGAAGCGUUCUUCUCAUAAGAAUAGUGAAAAGUUACCUCCUGUAUAGGAAGAAACUGAACAGUAAAAUUAGUAAAGCUAAUCGAAACAUCCUAUAUUUAAAUUCAAAUGCCUAAUAUGUAAUAAGGAUCAUAUAUGGACUCACAAUUGCAAUGAAAAGUUGGUGUAUAAUGAUGAUAAUAUGAUAGUAUGUGAA